UGGAACGCCACUAGUGCUCCAGUGUUCAUAUAGCGCACUUAUGCUGCUCAAGUCGUCCUCCUCUGAUGCUCAAGUCUUCACGUAGCACACUUAAUGCUGCUCAAUUCGUCCUCCUCGGAUGUUACUCCAAUGCAAAUAUCUUGGCCGAGUUUUUGGAACGUGCACGGAUGUGUUCAGGAGACAGAGCCAGAGAGACAGCACCUGCGAGCGAUCUGAUUUACAUUUUGUCAAUUUCGGUUCAUUCACAACUUGAGAGUGUGAUACGGAGUGUUUUUUUUAAUGACUGUCCCCAGCCAAUCACAGCCGGAACUGCGGUCACCGUAGCUCAGCCAAGCGCAUCUGUCUCCGGCCGCUCCAGUCCAGUUGACCUGAUCCCCGAACCAAACCAACAGCACAUCUUCAACACGGAAUAUUGGACGUGGUUUGACUUGAAUUACGGACCAUUCGCACUUCUUUCACAACUUUUAAAACAACAAUCACCCUAGAAUUCAGAGCAUGGAGAUGGUUUUCAUCAGAGUGGCUCUGCGCGCUUUGAUAGUCGUUUGUCUUUUGGAUAAGGGGGUGGUGGACUCCAACGAGAUCCUGGGCCUGAAGCUACCCAACAUCGACCCCAUCCUCAACGCCAACACAGUGUGCCUGACACUGUCGGGCUUGAACCGCCGCCAGCAGGACGUCUGCAUGCGCAACCCGGACGUCACGGCCUCCGCCAUCCAGGGCAUCCAGAUCGCCAUCCACGAGUGCCAGCACCAGUUCAGAGGUCACCGCUGGAAUUGCUCCAGCCUGGAGACACGCAACAAGAUCCCCUAUGACAGCGUGGUCUUCAAACGAGGCUUCCGUGAGAGCGCCUUUGCCUACGCCAUCGCGGCGGCGGGCGUGGUGCACGCCGUGGCCAAUGCCUGCUCCAUGGGCAAGCUGAAGGCUUGCGGCUGUGACGACAAGCGGCGCGGCGACGAGGAAGCAUUCCGCAUCAAGCUGCAUCACCUGCAGAUGGAGGCCAUCCACCGGGGCAAGGGCAUGGUGCACGGGGUGAUGGAGCACUUCCCCGCCGAGCUGCCGGGGCCCCAGGACUCCUGGGAGUGGGGCGGCUGCAGCCCCGACGUGGAGUUCGGGGAGAAGUUCUCGCAGGACUUCCUGGACGCCCGUGAGACCUACAAGGACAUCCAUGCGCGCAUGAGGCUGCACAAUAACAGAGUUGGGAGGCAGGUGGUGCUCAGCAACAUGCGGAGGAAGUGUAAGUGCCACGGUACGUCGGGGAGCUGCCAGCUCAAGACAUGCUGGCAGGUGACCCCUGAGUUCCGAGUGGUGGGAUCCCUGCUGAGGGAGCGCUUCCAGAGCGCCACGCUCAUCAAGGCCCACAACCGCAACACGGGGCAGCUGGACCACUCCCACCACGGCAACCACCACCACAGCAACCACCACAACAGCAACAGCCACCAGCACAGCAGCAGCAGUAGCAGCAACCACCACAGCAACCACCAUCCCAACAACAACAACAACAACCACCACAACCACCACAACCACCACGGCCACCACAACCACCAACACCACCACCACCCGCACCCCCACCGCCGCCGCCAGCAGCCCAGCAUCAACGACCUGGUGUACUUCGAGAAGUCCCCCGACUUCUGCGAGCGAGACCUGGGCUCCGACUCCAGUGGCACGCAGGGCCGCAUCUGCAACAAGACCAGCCCGGGCAUGGACCGCUGCGAGAGCCUGUGCUGCGGCCGCGGCCACAACAUCCUGCAGCAGACACGCAGCGAGCGCUGCAACUGCAAGUUCCACUGGUGCUGCUACGUGGUGUGUGCCGAAUGCCGCAUCACAGAGUGGGUCAGCGUGUGCAAGUGAAGGGAGACGGUGACCAUGGCAACGACAAGCACCACCACCACCACCACCACCAAGAAACUAUUUUUAAAAUGCUAUUAUUAUUAUUAUUAUUAUUAUUGUUAUAUUUUCCGGACGGACAGACAAAGACGGGUUGACAGACGUGACAAAAUGCACUUUCCACUCUUCCCUUGCUUGUGCUGAUGAACUUCCUGUCCUGUCCAAACAGCCAAUGGGAAAGGAGAAGGAGGAGCAGGGGCUUGGCCUGAUUCAGAAUAUAUAUAGUAUGUACAGUGGUGUGUGCAUGCAGGAAAGACUGAGCAUGUGCAAGCGCAUAUGACAGAUCAGUCCCAGCUCGAGAGACUGACCUUUGCUUUUCUCCCGAGACAGAUGGUGUCGAUGAACGCUGAUUCAACAAACGGGAAACAGAACUCAGAAUUUGUGAUUUUUCGAGGAAAUGGAAUUGAAACCAGCAAAUGGCUUUACAGCUUAUUGUUUGUCUCACCAAUAUCUGAGUGGUAUUCUGGGAUGAAGAAGCCAACAGGAAUGGAAAGGUCUAAGUCUUUGAUAUUUUUCAUCAGGAAAAAACGAUAAGAGUACGAGACACGAUGAACUAAAGGUGUCAACAGGAUGGCCAUCAGGAGGGAGCCUGGUAUCUCUCCAAAUAAGGAAACAGAAUGAUUGAGAAGGGUCCUUUCAGACCAAGCAGCUGGACAGCCAAUGAAAUAUUCAGUUGAACCCUGCAGUAUACACACCAAAAUAUCAUUGUUGAAAUAGCAGCUAUUGACGCAAACACAAAACAGAGGGCCUGAUAGUAAGUUGUGGGUCUUUCUAUGCUUCCUAGCACCAGAGUCUUAAUAUAUUUCAACCAACACACGUCCACUGUGUACCAUGUUACGAUGUUAUGAUGCACUCCAACACAUAAUUCUCAACCCCCAGUUCCAACCCACCAUCUACACAGUUGUUCCCCUACUGCUCCACCUCUCUGUGUUUUGUGUGGUAUGAAUGACCCAAUCCAUCACAGAACCUCAGGUAUGAUGUCACUUGGUUUCCAUCUUUAAACUACAAAUAUAAUA